AUGACGAAGUCCAAGGAAGGUGCAUUCGAGCUGAUCGAGAAUCUUGCAGCGAGCUCGAGCAACAAGAACGCUGAGUACGACAGAACAGUGAGCACUGUAUCUGUCAAAGGAAGCAGUGCUGACGCGAAGAAGAUUGAGGAGCUCACUGCUAAGGUGAAUCUAUUGAUGAAGGCGCAGCAGAAGUCUGUUCAUUUUGUUGACGAGAACGAUGAUGCACCUAUCUCUCAAGAGUUUGGAGGAGAGAGGACGACGAUGAUCAGAUGGAGGAGCACCAACGUCGAGAACCCUCAGGAUCAGGUCUAUCCGCCUCGAUCGAACCAGAACCAGCAGAGUUAUCAGAAGAGCUAUCCUAACAGCUUCCAGGAGAAGACCUUUGCCCCAAACCAGAAUCGUUCUCAGGGAGGUAACCAACAGAAGGCGCAGUUCAGCAAUCAGCAACAACCUUCAGGUUCAUCGAACAACUCGAACGAUGAGCUUAAGGGUAUGAUGCAGCAGAUGUUGAUGAACCAGCAGAAGUCCACUGCGGAGACACACUUGAAGAUAGACACCAUGUACAACGAUCUGAAUGGGAAGUACGAAGCUGUGUGGACUCACGUGAAGAAGCUGGAUGUCCAAGUAGCUCAAACCGCUGAAGCUGUGAAGAGACCUCAUGGAACCCUUCCUGGGAAAGGAGAGCAAACCCCAGGAAUGAGCAAGGAGAAAGCCGACGAGAAUCUGGAGGAAGAAGCCGAAGUCGAUCGAGCUGCAUCCAGCGGACUCGAUCGAGCUGGUGAAGACGCUUCGUCGUCUCAGGAGCUGAUUUACCUACUCCUGCAGCUGCAGAGACUGCUCCAGCCCGAGCUUACGCACCUAAGGUGCCUUACCCUGUUCCACGGAAGAAAUGAUUCCUGCUCUGAAGAAGUACAUGAAGGAGCUGAUAUCUGGGAAGUAGCUGAGGAUGAGAACGUCAUGCUAGUAUCGGAGGAGUGCAGCGCUGUGCUGCAGAACAAGGUGAUCAAGAAGAGGAGCGAUCCAGGGAGAUUUGUCUUGUCAGUGCAGAUUGGCCAUAUGACCUUCGCAUGCUCUCUCUCUUGGCUCGAGCGUGAACCUGAUGCCGUAUUCUGUGGCCAAGCGACUGGGAUACACAAGUUCAAACCCACGAAAGUCUCCUUGGUUUUCGCUGACAGAUCGACCAAGUUCCCAGUCGGUAUACUUGAGGAUCUACAUGUGCAGAUAGGGAACACACUCAUUCCAGCAGACUUUGUAGUCCUCGAGCUCGACGAAGAGCCUAAGGAUCCGCUCAUCCUAGGGCGAAACUUCCUAUGCACAGCUGGUGCAAUCAUUGACGUGAAGGGAGGAAUCAUUGAUCUCCAUCUGGGAGAUAUCGUCAUGAGGUUCGAGAUGAACAAACUCCUCAAGAAGCCAAUGUUAGAUGGGCAAACUUAUGUGAUUGAAGAUGGCUCAAACUUGGUGGACGAAGUGAGUGAGGAGAUGCUUCUUGACGACCCUCUGGAGGUAGCUUUGACUAAAGCUGAAGGCGAGUAUGAUUUCCUGAAUGAGGAAGCCGAUGGCUUCGGGAAGAUGAUGGAUGCGAGCGGCAAGAUGGAGAGACUGGUGGCGUUCAUGAGCUUGGAGGAAAAGGAAGAUCGAUCGAAGCAGUGCCAGAUCGAUCGAAUGACCUCAGGAGAGUAUGCAUUUCUGGGACCUAACUCUACAUACCCUGUGAUAGUGAAUGCUGAGCUGAACAAUGUUGAACUUGCUUUGCUUCUCUGUGAGCUUAGGAAGUAUAGAAAAGCUAUAGGGUAUUCGCUAGAUGACAUCCCUGGAAUUUCUCCUGAUCUUUGCAUGCAUAGAAUACAUCUAGAAGAUGAAUCGAUGACUUCUGUAGAACAUCAGAGGAGGUUAAACCCGAAUCUAAAAGAUGUUGUCAAGAAAGAGAUAAUGAAACUUCUAGAUGCUGGUGUAAUUUAUGCUAUAUCUGAUAGUAAGUGGGUCAGUCCUGUGCAUGUAGUUCCUAAGAAAGGUGGUAUAACUGUUGUUAAGAAUGAUAGGAACGAGCUGAUACCCACUAGAACUGUCACUGGUCAUCGCAUGUGCAUUGAUUACCGCAAACUGAAUGCUGCAACUCGCAAAGAUCAUUUUCCUCUCCCAUUUAUUGAUCAAAUGCUUGAGAGAUUGGCUAACCAUCCAUACUACUGCUUUUUAGAUGGUUACUCAGGUUUCUUUCAGAUCCCCAUCCACCCAGACGACCAGGAGAAGACGACAUUCACAUGUCCAUAUGGCACUUAUGCAUAUCGCAGAAUGCCGUUUGGACUGUGCAAUGCACCGGCGACGUUCCAGCGCUGCAUGAUGUCUAUUUUCACUGACCUUAUUGAGGACAUAAUGGAAGUUUUCAUGGACGACUUUUCGUCUAUGGAAGCUCCUUUGCUGUCUGUUUGUCUAAUCUGUGCAGGGUAUUGCAGCGGUGUGAGGAGAGACAUCUUGUGCUGA